AGAGAGAGAGAGAGAGAGAGAGGGACAGCGAAGGAGAGGAAAGGGCGCAUGAGAGGAAGGGCAUGGCGAACCUGUCCAGCCUUGUACACGAGCUGCGAGAACGCAUAGCAGCCUCUUCAUCGACUCCUCCAAAUAACGGAGGCGACGACGCUUUGGAACUCAGAUUCCGCGCCGUUCUCCCCAAUCUUCUCCACGCCUACGUGGUCCCCUCUUCCUCUGCGAAUGAGAGAGAAGUUAUAGCUGUACUGAAGCUAAUCGCUCACACUGCAAGGAAUUUUCCUGGAGUCUUUUACCACGGAAAGGCUAGUGCAAUUUUACCCGCGGUCGGUCGAGUACUGCCUUUCUUUGCGGAGCCUUCGUUUCGCUCUCGACACGGAGUAAUUUUUGAGACGGUUGGAUCCCUUUUAUCCUUACUUCGCACUGGAGCUCGAGACACGUACCGACAAUUUUUCGUUGAUUCCAUGUUGGUUGUUGAAGAUCUUUUGUAUGUUGCUUUACUAUGUGCUGACAAUUCAAACAUUACGGAAUCCAGUUGCUUGACUUUGAAAUGCUUCCGUGAGACCUUUAUGGGAAUUUUAAGUGACCCUGCUCAUCUUGGGGAUCUUCCAGAAAGCAAUAAACCAUCUGAUGGUGCUGGUAUUAUGAUUAACCUUACGGGAAAAAGGAGGUGGCGACCUUUUGCUACUUGGAUCAUUAAGCUUCUCAGUAAAUGCUUAACGGAAGGAACUUUGUAUGUUGAAGGACUAAUCCAUGCUUCAUUUGUUUCGGCUGCAUGUUCUCUUUUAUGUUAUGGCGAUGCUGAUUUGCAAAUGGCAUGUUUUGACUUUGCACGCAUCAUUGGAUCAGUGACAAAUUAUGAUAUUAUUGCUCGUCACAAUCUGAUCCAGUCAAUAACUACCAUAUUAAGUGAGGACAAAGAGGGUCUUCCUGUUUUCAGAAAUAUGGCUUAUGAUUCAUCCUUGGGUGGCUGCCUUAAUGCACUACACUCCAGUUGUUCUGAUGAUGUAGUCAACCUAACAGCUGUAGAUUUAGUCAAUGUUUUUCCUCGGUCAAUGUGGAGAACUAAAAGCCAGGAGCUUAAGGUUGCAUUGUGCAAUGCAUACAUACGAAUUGCUAAAAUCUGCCCCCCUCAUGUCUGGAAGCCAGAAUCCCUUAUUCACAUGCUCUGUUUUCCAGAACCUUGCUUUCAACUGAUAGACUGCUUUCAAGUUGCUUUGUCAAUUCUUGGGCCUGAUAGUGUUGGGGGCAAAGCAACAAAUUACUGUGGUCAGGAUUCAUUAACAUCAAGUGAUACAUCAAUUGAAAACUUGAGGGUUGGAGAAAAGAGGCCCAUUCUGGAUGUGGAUACUUUCAAGGUCAAACGUCAGAAGUUGGAUCUAGAAACGAUGGCUUCUGUUGCUAGUGUUCAGAUGCAAAGCAAGUAUACUAGCAUCGUCGCUUGUGAAAGAGAAGACAAAUAUGCGAAUGAUAUGCAUAAAUCACUUCAUUCAUUUGUUAGAUAUCUAAGCUCUCCUGAUGUUGGACGUGAUACUUUAAGCCCUCAUGUUGCAUUGACAGCUCUUAGCAUGCUAUGCAUUGCCUUCUAUAGAUACCCAGAGACCAAUCUGUCAAUCUGCAUUUUCCAACAGAUGUAUGCAUGGAUACCCUGGAUAUGCGAUCUGGCAAAGCAAGGAAAUUCGAUCGCACUUGAUGUUUCCAUUUACUUGGAAGGAAUUCACAGCAUAUUGCUUUUGCAAAGUACCCCUUUUUUGGAGACCGAGAUAUUAAAAAAUACAGAUAAUAAGGCAGACCUUUUACCUGUGGUACUAAAGCUACCAUGGUCCCAUUCUCUUGUGGUUACUGAACCUCAUCAUAGAUGGACAACUAAAUGUAUCUCAGUUCAAGUGGCUUCCAAGCUUGGUCCUAGCUUAAUAACUGAAAUUGGUCUUGAAGUCUUGGACUUGAGCCUUCAUGAUGAAGUUGAAGAAGUUAGACUUGAAGCCGUUGUUUCUAUGCCAGUGAUUGUCUUGUGGUCUGGUCUUGGUGCACUAACACAUAUAUUCAGAAGGCUGGAGUUCUUAGGGAGAGAGAAGGAUGAGAAGGUUAAGAGUAUCAUUCCCCUUUCUCUUGGUUUUUUGUCAUGCCUUCAUGGAUCUUUUGCUGCUGUAGAUGGUCUGCAUAAAAGUGCAUGCAAGUUAUUUCUGAAUAUAAACAAUGAGAAACAUAGUCAAACAUUGGAUUACUUGCCUAAAGGAUUCUGGUGUUCGAAGUGUGACCGAAAUGUUGUACACAAUCAUGAACUAUAUUCAAGAAUAAUAGAUCCAUCCGAUUUGCAUCAGACAGAAAUUAGUUUGGAUUCUGAUUUCUUCCAUCUACAGACUCUUUUCUUUGAAAUUCUUUAUGAUGAGUCAUCAGAAGAGGCUCAAGUUGCCUGUGUGGGAAUUCUUCGAAGGAUUCUUAUACAUGGGACUCCAGAUCUUCUGCUUAAAACAAGAUCUGAAUGGACCAAAUGCAUUGAAUUUUUGCUCCUUAAUCGAAGGAAGGCUGUGAGGGAAGCCUUUUGCUCUCAGAUUAGUUCCUUUCUUGAGGAUCAUAUUUUCAGCUAUUUGUUUUUUUGUGAGGGCAGAUCCAACCAAAGCAAAGAACAAAAUUUUCUGGAUAUAAUUAAACAUGCCUUGGCAGCAGCUGAAGAUCCCCAAAUCUUUGAAACUCUUUUGGAAUCUACUGCAGAAAUCAUGGUUGCAGUUGAUAUUCACAGCCAACUUUUCUUGUUGUCUCUCAUCUUGUUAGUUGAUCAGCUUGAUAACCAACAUGUUACAGUGAGAAUGAGUGCAUCGAGGUUAAUACACAAAUCUUGCUACUUUCAGCUUAAAGGAGGAUUCGAGCUUACCCUUCUUAAAGUUGUUCAUAUACGAAAUGAACUAUUUGAUUAUCUAUCUGCGAGGCUUGCCAGCCGUCCAAAAAUGGUCAGGGAGUUUGCAGAAGCUGUUCUUGGUAUUGAAACUGAAGAACUUGUGAAGAAAAUGAUUCCUGUUGUUCUUCCAAAGGUAGUGGUGUCUCAGCAGGAUAAUGAUCAAGCAGUUGAUACCUUAUAUGAGUUGGCCAAGUGUGUGAAUAUCGAUAUGGUGCCUCUGAUAGUUAAUUGGCUGCCAAAAGUGCUUGCUUUUGCUCUCCAUCGUGCUGAUGAGCAAGAGUUACUCUCAGCUUUGCAAUUUUACCAUACACAUACUGGUUCUGACAAGCAAGAAAUAUUUGCGGCAGCAUUACCUGCCCUUUUAGAUGAACUGGUUUGCUUUCUGGAUGGUGGUGAUUCGGAUGAGAUAACUGAAAGGUUAGGAAGAGUACCUCAGAUGAUUAAAGAAGUUGCUAGAGUUCUAACUGGUGGCGAAGAUCUUCCAGGAUUUUUGAGGAAUCAUUUUGUUGGCCUCCUUAACAGUAUUGAUAGAAAAAUGCUCCAUGCCGAUGAUUUAUCGCUGCAGCAACAAGCCUUAAAACGUAUUGAGAUGCUGAUUAAAAUGAUGGAAACUCACCUUAGUACUUAUGUGCCAAAACUGAUGGUUCUUCUCAUGCAUGCUGUUGAUAAAGAAUCGCUACAGACUGAGGGUCUCUGUGUCUUGCUUUUUUUCAUUGAGCAGCUAGCAAAAGUAUCACCAUCUAGCACAAAACAUGUAAUUUCUCAAGUUUUUGCUGCUCUUAUUCCUUUGUUGGAGAGAGAGAAAGAAAAUCCUUCAACGAAGUUGGAUAAAGUGGUUAGAAUUUUGGAAGAACUUGUUUUAAAGAACAAGGUUACGCUAAAGGAACGUAUUCGCGAGUUCCCUCCAUUACCCAGUAUUCCUGCUUUGACAGAAGUUAACAGAGCAAUACAAGAUGCCCGUGGGUCCAUGAUCUUGAAGGAUCAAUUGCGAGAUGUUGCUGAUGGUUUGAAUCAUGAGAACUUGAAUGUGAGGUAUAUGGUAGUGUUCGAGUUGAGAAAGUUGCUAAACCUAAGAAGGGGUGAGGUUACAGCUCUGAUCACUGCCGAAGCUGGUUCAGACAUGGAUAUUUUGAGCUCUUUGAUCGCAUCUUUACUAAGAGGAUGUGCAGAAGAAUCAAGGACUGCAGUAGGACAGCGGCUGAAGUUGAUCUGUGCGGAUUGCCUAGGAGCACUGGGUGCAGUUGACCCUGCCAAAGUGAAGGGUUUUUCAUGCCAACGCUUUAAAAUUGAAUGUUCUGAUGAUGACCUCAUAUUUGAGUUGAUCCACAAGCAUCUGGCCAGGGCUUUCAGAGCUGCACCAGAUACCAUUAUUCAAGACUCAGCUGCAUUGGCUAUACAGGAGCUGCUAAAAAUUGCAGGUUGUGAGGCAUCACUGGACAUCAAUGCUUCUGCUUCUAUGUCACAGCCACUGAAGGAAAAAGGAUCUUUGAAAGUUGCUGCAACUGGGAUUAAGAGUGCUACUGGUAGCAGUGAGAUGAAUGGGAGGGGUCAGAAACUGUGGGACCGGUUUUCUAAUUAUGUUAAAGAGAUAAUUGCCCCCUGCUUAACCUCUAGAUUUCAGCUUCCAAAUGUGGCUGAUUCUGCAUGCACUGGCCCAAUUUACCGCCCCUCUAUGUCAUUCAGGAGGUGGAUUUUCUUUUGGAUAAAAAAACUAACUGUGCAUGCAACUGGAUCUCGUGCUGGUAUUUUUAAUUCUUGUCGAGGUAUAGUGCGCCAUGAUAUGCAAACAGCUAUGUAUCUGCUGCCAUAUUUAGUCCUUGAUGCUGUUUGUCAUGGUACAAGGGAAGCACGCAGUGGCAUAACAGAAGAAAUACUAUAUGUUCUUGAUGCUGCCGCAUCAGAAAAUAGUGGGGCUACAGUUCAUGGAGUCAGUGGUGGGCAAAAUGAAGUUUGCGUCCAGGCUGUGUUCACUCUUCUUGAUAAUCUUGGCCAAUGGGUGGAUGAUGUUGAACAAGAGCUAGCUCUUUCCCGGUCUUUUCAGUCAUCAGCUUCUAAGCAGCAGGCAUCCAAGUCAAAGGAUCAACAUCCAACUUUGACAGAUCAGGAUCAGCUCCUCGUACAGUAUAAAUAUGUUUCCGAACUGCUGACUGCAAUCCCAAAGGUGACACUUGCCAGAGCCUCUUUUAGUUGCCAGGCUUAUGCAAGGUCUCUAAUGUACUAUGAGUCUCAUGUACAGGAGAAGUCAGGUUCUUUCAACCCUGCAGCUGAGAGGAGUGGCGUUUUUGAGGACGAAGAUAUCUCAUAUCUAAUGGAAAUAUACAGCUGUCUGGAUGAGCCUGAUGGUCUUUCUGGAUUGGCUUGUUUACGUAAAUCUUUAAGGUUACAAGACCAACUCUUAAUCAACAAAAAAGCAGGAAACUGGGCAGAGGUUUUAACUUCAUGCGAACAGGCUCUGCAAAUGGAACCAACUUCAGUUCAGAGGCAUUCAGAUGUGCUUAACUGUUUACUAAACAUGUGCCACCUUCAGGCCAUGGUAACUCAUGUGGAUGGUUUGAUCUCAAGGAUUCCACAAUACAAGAAAACAUGGUGCAUGCAAGGUGUGCAAGCAGCAUGGAGGCUUGGCAGGUGGGAUUUGAUGGAUGAAUACCUUAAUGAAGCUGAUGAAGAGGGUUUACUUUGUAGCAGCUCUGAGAGUAAUGCCUCCUUUGACAUGGAUGUUGCAAAGAUUCUCCAAGCAAUGAUGAAGAAGGAUCAAUUCUCAGUUGCUGAGAAAAUUGCAGUGUCCAAACAAGCUCUGAUUGCUCCUCUGGCUGCUGCUGGCAUGGAUUCCUAUACAAGGGCAUAUCCAUUCAUUGCGAAACUUCACUUGCUACGAGAACUGGAAGACUUCCAAGGUCUUCUUGUUGAUGACUCUUUCUUGGAGAAAUCAUUUCAUUUGGGUGAUCUGGGAUUCUCCAAAGUGAUAGAGAACUGGGAGAAUCGUCUCAGAUUUACACAGCCAUCACUUUGGGCAAGGGAGCCACUUUUGGCUUUCCGAAGACUGGUUUUUGGUUCCAGUGGUCUUGGUGCUCAUGUUGGGAACUGCUGGGUUCAAUACGCAAAGCUCUGUCGCUUGGCUGGUCACUAUGAAACAGCCAACCGAGCAAUUCUUGAAGCUCAGGCUUCAGGAGCAUCUAAUGUGCACAUGGAAAAGGCCAAGCUUCUGUGGAGUACUAGGCGAUCUGAUGGUGCCAUUACAGAGCUGCAACACACUCUCCUGAACACGCCUGUUGAGGUUGUAGGUUCUGCUGUAAUAUCAUCAAUUACUAGUCUUUCACUAGUUCCACUGAACCCACUGCCCUUGGUUUGCGACAGUCAGGCUUUGAAUGAAAAUCGAGAUAUUGCAAAGACCCUUCUCCUCUAUUCUAGGUGGAUCCACUACACUGGGCAGAAGCAGAAAGAAGAUGUGAUAAGUCUUUAUUCAAGGGUGAGAGAACUGCAGCCUAAGUGGGAGAAAGGAUACUUCUAUAUGGCCAAGUAUUGUGAUGAACUGCUCGCUGAUGCCAGGAAACGUCAGGAAGAGAAUUUUGAUAUAGGUCCUAGGAUGGUGCCAUCAACUUCUGCUAUUGUUGGUUCUUCAAAUGUAAACAGUGAGAAGCAUUGGUGGUCUUACGUGCCUGAUGUAUUGUUAUUCUAUGCAAAGGGGCUACAUAGGGGCCACAAGAAUCUCUUUCAAGCACUUCCAAGGUUGUUGACCCUGUGGUUUGAUUUUGGAAGCAUUUAUCAGAGAAGUGGUUCAUCAUCCAAGAAAGAUUUGAAAGGCGUCCAUGGGAAGGUAAUGAGUAUUAUGCGUGGCUGUCUGAAUGAUUUGCCAAUAUAUCAGUGGUUAACAGUUCUGCCUCAGUUAGUUUCCAGAAUUUGCCAUCAAAAUGAAGAAAUUGUUCGAUUGGUCAAGCACAUUAUUACCUCAGUGCUUCGGCAAUACCCACAGCAAGCCCUGUGGAUUAUGGCGGCAGUUUCAAAAUCCACUGUUCCGUCAAGGCGGGAGGCAGCUGCAGAAAUAAUACAAGCUGCACGGAAAGGAUUCAGUCAAGGAAACAAUGGCAACAAUUUGUUUGUUCAGUUUGCUAGCCUGAUUGAUCAUCUAAUCAAGUUGUGUUUCCAUCCUGGUCAGCCAAAAGCAAGGACAAUUAAUAUCUCAACUGAAUUUAGUGCCUUGAAAAGGAUGAUGCCACUGGGAAUUAUCAUGCCAAUUCAACAAUCUCUUACUGUGAGUCUACCAACAUAUGAUGUGAAUUUCACAGACGUGACCUCUAAUAUCUUUUCUGCCACAGACCUUCCUACAAUAUCAGGAAUAACUGAUGAAGCUGAGAUUCUUUCUUCUCUUCAGCGACCUAAGAAAAUUGUUCUUUUGGGCAGUGAUGGGAGGGAACAUCCAUUCCUAUGCAAACCCAAGGAUGACCUUAGGAAAGAUGCGCGAAUGAUGGAGUUCACGGCGAUGAUAAAUCGUUUGUUAUCCAAAUAUCCUGAAAGCCGUCGAAGGAAUCUUUACAUUCGCACCUUUGCGGUGAUUCCUCUAACAGAGGACUGUGGUAUGGUAGAAUGGGUGCCCCACACUCGUGGACUGCGGCAUAUACUUCAAGACAUUUACAUAACCUGUGGGAAAUUUGAUAGGCAGAAGACGAAUCCUCAAAUUAAACGAAUUUAUGAUCAAUGCCAAGGUAAAAUGCUGGAGGAGGAGAUGUUGAAAACCAAAAUCCUUCCAAUGUUUCCACCAGUAUUUCACAAAUGGUUCUUGAACACUUUUUCUGAGCCAGCAGCUUGGUUUAGAGCUCGGGUUGCUUAUGCUCACACUACUGCAGUUUGGUCCAUGGUUGGGCAUAUUGUGGGGCUGGGUGACCGACAUGGUGAAAACAUUCUUUUUGAUUCAACCACCGGUGAUUGUGUUCAUGUUGAUUUCAGCUGCUUAUUUGACAAAGGCUUGCAGUUGGAGAAGCCGGAGCUGGUGCCUUUCAGGCUAACCCAGAACAUGAUUGAUGGCUUGGGCAUCACAGGGUAUGAGGGUAUCUUCUUGAGGGUCUGUGAAAUCACGUUGUCUGUCCUGAGAACACACAGGGAGACUUUGAUGAGUGUUCUUGAAACUUUCAUUCAUGACCCGCUUGUGGAAUGGACAAAAUCUCACAAGUCCAGUGGAGUAGAAGUUCAGAAUCCACACGCACAGCGAGCCAUCAACAAUAUUGAGGCACGGUUGCAAGGAGUUGUUGUUGGUGUUGGGGCAGCACCAUCUUUGCCUCUGGCUGUAGAAGGUCAGGCUCGUCGAUUAAUAGCGGAAGCAGUAUCUCACAAGAAUCUUGGUAAGAUGUAUAUAUGGUGGAUGCCAUGGUUUUAGGAUUUAAAUGGAUAGAAAGGUUUCUCCUGUACUUGAGUCCAGGUGAGAUAGGCUGGAUAUUUCUUCUUCUGCUUAUAAAGUUUUGAGGCUUUUGUUUCGGCAAGGGCAUUUUUAGUAUUGAAUUGAAAUGUGGAAAACUGUUGAUGAAUUAAGGAGACCGUCGAAGGAAGCUCAUUUUUGUACGCUGUAUGCCGACCUCAACCGCUGAAACUAUAGAUGUGCCGGCAGCAUCUCCACCAGAGUAUACCCUCAAAUCCAAUGGCUUGGCCCUCUUUUUUUUUUUUUUUAAUUCUUUCUUUUUAAGGUGUCUACCAGGGGUCAGGAUACAGAGAGAAUAAGGACCCUCUGUAUACGAGAUAUUUCGUUUUGUAUACCCCUUUGGGUAGGCAUAGGUCUUUUGUGUAGUGUAUAUAGAUUGUGGAAAACGACUACUUGUACCUCAUUGUAAUUUAUUUCUUUGUAUAUAAUUUCUGUUUCUGUAA